UGGGAAUUACAGAGUAGACACUCCCAAGUGAAAGCAACUAUUUGGAGGCAAAGACAUAGAGAGGACCAAUGGAAAAGUGAUUGAUGCAGCCAUGUCCCAUUUCUAUAAUCAAGUUUGAGGUUCUGAUACUUCCAGAAGAAAUGUUAAGGAAGGCCCAGGAUUCCCUAUUUUGGAGAUGUGAGGAGGAGUUCCAUAUAAAGUGUAGCAUAGUUAUCCAAGCCUCAUCCAGGUAGCACAUGUAUUUCCUGGUGGGUCAUGAGAAAGUAGACUUGAAUGAGUUGCUUUGGGAACAGUUCAAGGAAAAUAGUAGGAAAGCUGGAUGACAAUGAAGUGCAUGUGGUGGAUAACUUGUCAGUGGCUAAAGACCAGCUGGUCCAGCAGAGGCAGUACACGAGAGAGCUCAUCUCAGAUCUCCAACGUCAUAUGUGUGAAUCAUCAAUGGACAGGCUGCAGGAUGUGAUUAACGCCAUAAGAAGGAGCGAGAUCUGGACCUUGAAGAAGCCAAAAAUUGUUUCCAAGAAACUAAGUACAUUCCGAUUUCCAGAUCUGAAUGGGAUGCUGCAAGUGUUUAAAGAGCUGGCAGAAGUCCAAAGCUACUGGGUGGACUUGACGCUGAAUCCAUUCAAUGAUGUUUCCAAUGUUGUCGUUUCUGAGGAUCAGAGACAAGUGACUGUUGGGAAUGAUGUUAUGUUUAGGAAUGUAUACCCAUGUAACUUUUCUGCUUUUGAUGUAUGGGGCAGCCAAAAUUUCUCUUCUGGGAAAUGUUACUGGGAAGUUGACGUGUCUGGGAAAAUUGCCUGGAUUCUGGGGGUAUACAGUAAAAGAAGCAAUCUCAAUGGAAAGAAAAGCUCUGGGUUUGUUUUUAACCCCCAGACAAAUUAUCCAAAUGCUUACUCCAGAUUCAGACCUGAAAAUGGCUACUGGGUUGUAGGGUUACAGAAUGCAUCUGAGUACAAUGCCUUUGAGGACUCUUUUACCUCUGAUCCCAAGGUCUUGACUCUUUCCAUGGCUGUUCCUCCCCGCCGAGUAGGGGUUUUCCUAGACUAUGAAGCAAGCACUGUCUCAUUUUUUAAUGUCACAAACCAUGGGUCACUCAUCUACAAAUUCUCUAAAUGUCACUUUUCUCAGGUUGUUUAUCCCUAUUUCAAUCCUUGGAACUGCCCAGUUCCCAUGACUCUGUGCCCACCGAGCUCCUGAACAUUCUCCCUCCCUCACUCACUUCUGUGUAGUGACCCUUGUCCUGGGGCUCAUCUCCUGCACCUGAGUUCACUGCUCCAUUCAGACCUUCUCCUCCUUGCUGUCUCCCUUCAUUUAUUGAUUCUUGGGUUAGAAGAGAAGCUUAUUUACUCAGCUACCCUUUCCUAUAUUAUCAGCAAAAGGUAUCUAAAUCCUCCUAUCAACAGAAAAGUAUUAGUAUCAUACCUCUACCCUCCCAUUUUUCCACAUUUUCUUUAACCCUAACUUGAAGAGACAUUAACCAUGACUCUAGGACAAUCCAUAAUCAUUCCAGAACUAAAUAGUAUUUUAGUGUAUAUCUAUUUGUUGCCCAACAUACAGCAGGUUGUCCGGAGAGUUUAGGGGGAGGGAACAAAUGUAAUAUAUGUACCAAGAGUGAACAUUUUAUGUUCAGAGUGUCUGAGUUUAAAUCCUGUCUAUUCUCUUACAAGGUGUGUAAUGAUGGAUUUAUUUUUGUUUCUUCUCAUAAAAUAAAAAUUGGAUUUUAAACUGCA